AUGUUUAAAGGUAAGUUAUGUUUGGCUCCAAUGGUUAGAGCUGGUGAAUUACCUACCCGUUUACUUGCAUUAAAAAAUAACUGCGAUCUAGUAUGGUCACCAGAGUUAGUUGAUAAGAAGCUAUUACAGACAAAUAGACUAAUUAAUGAAAAGCUGAACUCAAUAGACUAUAUCUUACCAAAUGGGAAUAUAGUUUUCCGCACGAUACCGAAACUGGAAGCAGGUAAAUUGAUCUUACAAAUAGGCUCUGCUGAUCCAGACUUAGCUGUCCAGGCAGCGUCCAAAGUGAUUAAUGAUGUGGACGGGAUUGAUCUAAAUGCCGGUUGUCCUAAGCAUUUCUCUAUCCACUCUGGAAUGGGUGCUGCUCUAUUAUCUACCCCGGAAUUACUUUGCUCAAUACUAGAAAAUUUGGUAAAGAAGGUCGGUGUUCCCAAUAAAAAACCAAUCUCUGCUAAGAUUAGAUUGUUACCUGAACAAAAAGAUACAAUCGAUUUAAUUGAAAAGUUAUGCAACACAGGGAUAACAAAUCUGACUGUUCAUUGCCGUACUCGUGAAAUGAGAAAUAGAGAGUCGCCAAUAAGAGAUUAUUUGAUUGAUAUUUAUAAAAUGUGCAAAAAACAUGAUGUUUCCUUGAUUAUUAACGGCGACUUACAGACACGUUCUAAUUUCCUUGAAGUUAGAGAUCAAUGUGGAUUACCUGAGGAAGUGGGUGGGAUGAUAGCAGAUGCUGCAGAAGUUAAUCCAACUGUUUUUAAUUGUAAUGGGCCUAACGAAAAAUGGUGGGCUAUAAUGGAUGAAUAUAUAAAAUUAGCUACUCAAUGGGAAAACAAUUUUGGCAAUACAAAGUAUAUGCUAAGCAGAAUUAUACCAGGCAAGAGUCCUGUUUUUCAAAUAAUACUCCGUUGUCAUGAUUAUGAACAAAUUAAAUAUGUCCAAACAAAAUUAAUAAAUCCUGAAAGUGGAACUUUAUUAAGAGAUCCCAAGGAUUUUAUUGAAUCCUUACAAAAUAAAGGGAAGAAAGAUAAUAAGAAUAAGAAAAAAAAGAGAAGUGCUAACGGCAUUAAUAUGACAAGUAGAGACACCAAAACUACGACUAAGAAAGUUAAAAUAUAA